CAAGAUUUUUGUAAUGAAAACAAUGUUGAAUGGAUAUUUCACAUACCUUAUUAUCCUCAAGCAGCUGGUCUGAUUGAAAGGAUGAAUGGGUUGUUGAAAGAACAAUUGAGAAAACUUGGUGAAGGGACAAUGGUCAAAUGGAGAGAUAACUUGCCUACAGCUGUGAACAUCUUAAACAAUAGGCCACUCUCAGAUCAUGACACCCCCCUCACUAGAAUGAUCGCACCCAAUAUACAAGCUAAACCAUAUGUAGCAACUAACACCAUCACAUAUUGGGAAACAGAGGAGGGAGCCUUGGCACCAUACAGGGCUACCCCAGAGGCUGCAGGAAUAGACUUGCGAGCCAGAAAGGAAGAAAGACUUAAAACAGGGCAAGUUCAGAUGUUCCCCACAGGUAUAGGAAUACAGAUACCCCCGGGACACUUUGGACUAAUUGCACCCAGGUCUAGCUUCGCCCUUAAAGGGAUACAUGUAAUGGGAGGGGUUAUAGACGCUGAUUACCAGGGAGAAAUAAAGGUCCUUUUGUUAAAUCAGGGACCACAAGACUUGCUAGUGCAAGAAGGGGACAGAAUAGCCCAAUUGGUUAUCAUCCCCAUUUACCAGGGACAGGUACACAAAGGAACAGCCCCCACCUUACAAACAAUAAGAGGAGAUAAGGGAUUUGGCUCUACUAACCUAAAUCCAGGGGCCAAAGUCUGGGUGAGGACAGAGAAAGGUCCCCCAGAACCAGCAGACAUUAUUGCAACAGGCAAUGACAAUACCGUGAUACUUUCCAAGUCAGGUCAUGAUAAAUGGGAAUAUGUGCCUUCGGGCAAAUGUUAUUUGAGAGAGUAAAAUGAGUUGUAUCUUUACAGGCGAAGCUCAUUGGUCCGGCUGUUAUUGUGAUGACUGUGCUUACUCUACACCCUUUGGUCGAC